UGGGAGGCGCGGUUGGCGGCCGGUCUCAAUCCUGCGCUGUCUGUGGUGAGAAGAAAACCAGACACACUAUGGACAGGGAAUGUUCCCAGCUCCUACCGUCUGUUUGUGCAGUUCUAGCAGACUCAAGGCAACUUGUUGCAGAUGACACCUUUCUAGAGAAAUUUCUGGACUGGUUUAAGACUCUGACUGAAACAGAAUCUAGCCUGCUGCUGUUACAGGAGAAUCCAUGCUUGACAGAGCUCAUCACGUGCGUGCUGAAACUGAAGGAUCCAAGUUCUAGCACUCUUUCCUUUAUUCUGAGAUUAACAGGGAUAUUUGCAGCCUCUGAAAGCUGCUUCCAGUAUUUACAGCAGAGGGAGCUGUUGAUCAGUCUCUUUGGAGAGGUGGGGCCUCUCAGCAGUGCUCUGUGGGAAGAGGCAUCUGUGCGAAGCGGCUGGGUCCAGGGGGUGCACAGCAUGGUGCAGCACCAGAGCGCCCUCCAUUUUUUGUGCAACUGUGGAGCCAUAGAUGUGAUCUUCACUCUGCAGGGAGACCCCAGCCUGUUUGUGGCUUCAGCUGCCAAUCAGCUUUUAGUGCACAUGCUCACCUUCUCUCUACAGUCAUUCCAGACUAAACCUGUAAAUAUAAAGGACUGUGAUUGGCCAAUAUGUGCUCAAAAGCUUAUAGUGCACAUUGAAGAGUCCCUUAAUUCCAACUCUGCCUCUCGUAUCAAGCAAUCCUUGAAGCUGCUAACCAGUGUGUUUGCAUGCUGUCAUGAUCUGUGGACUGAAGUACUUUGGUCACGGCUAUCAGAGCCAAUUGUAUAUCUUUUGGACGAGGAGCCAGUCCACACCGGGCACUUACUGGUGGACCUUUUCCUGAGCAUGGCAAGGUCUCCUGUGUUUAGCUGCCCUGAAUGUAGCCUGUGGACAUCAGUAACAUGUGCUCUGGAGCACUUAAACCCAGCUCAAGUUGGUUGUUUGGCAGUGGGAGUACUGAAACUUCAGGAAUGCCCACAGGCAGUAAGGAUACAAGCUCUGAAUGUUCUGCUUCAACCAAUGGACUGUGUUCUGAAAGCAGCCUCCCAACCCUUGGAAUACCCAGGUUUGCUGAAUAGGUCUGUGAAUGAUUCUGCCACUGUUGAAACUCUUCUGUCCUGCAGAUCCUCUUGUGCUAGCCUCCUGUGUCAGACGUUGGCUCAUCUGGAGGAGCUGCAGUACCUGACCUGCUUGCCAGUGGAUUUGCCCCAUAUACCUUUGCUACAGUCUGUAGUGACAAUAUUGCAAUUCUGUAUUGGCCUUGCGACUCCAGCAUCCUGUCUGGGAAAAAAGAUCAGUAGAAUCCUGAUUGGUUGCUUCAGAGUUCAGCGGUCAGCACUUGACAUCCUGGGCGUGCUGUCUCACUGGGAAAGUCACAGUGUAUUCAUGGGAAGUGUAUUUGACAUCCUCCUUGCAUACCUGAAGAGUCCAGAUACCAGUCCUACCGUUCUGAAGAAGUCAUUUCAAGCAACACUCAAAUGGCUGGUGAGUUUGUCAGAGGCCCCCAGCUCCAAGGAUCACUGGCAACAGACUGAGGAGUUUCUCCGAGAUCUGUUUCUCGUGCUGCAGAAGCGUUUGUGCAGCCCUUACUGGGAAGUACGGGACUCUGCCCUGGAAUUUCUCACCCUUCUGGUUAAGCAUCUGAGAGAGAAGGAGGGGUUCAGGCAAGUUCUCUUCUCUUCGGAGGUGCCCAAGCUCACAGAGGAUCUUCUUGAGGACCCAGAGAGUUAUGUGCGAGCAAGUGCUGUGACAGCCAUGGGACAACUGUCCUUCCUCACCCAUCUCAUCUCAAAGAAGCCUGGCCUAGAAAAUGGAAAUCUUAAAGAGAAAAGCAUUGUAGCACAGCUUAAAGAAAUCUUAUCAACAGACUCAGAGGGCUUCCCUAGAAGAGCUGUGAUCAGUGUCUUCAGUGACUGGCUGAGAGAAGGCCACCCAGAUGUACUGACAGACACUGAGCCGUUUGUCUCCAGCGUGCUCCAAGCUGUGAACAGUGACUUUGACUGGGAAGUUAAAGCUGGUGGUUUGGAACUGGCUGAAGUUUUCUCUGCCCAGACACUUGGACGGCUUGGCCUUGCUGCAUGCCCAUAUGCUGCUGUUUUAUCCUCUGCCACCCGCUCCACUCAGAUGAGUGAGUCUCUGCAGAUAUUCUGCCGGGUGAAACUGUUUGAGUUCCUCUUUGGUGCUUUGUGUGACUGUGACAGGCCAGUGGCUCAGAAAGCCUGCGAUAUCCUCAUUGCCUUGAAAGCUGAGCUGUGUGAUGAGAGCAGGCUGAAGGAAGGAACAAGUGCAGGCUUGUCUACAGAAGCAUGUGGUAUUACUUGGUUAGAAGAGACUCUGAGGAGAUGGAGUUCCUGUGCCAAGCCCUGUCCCAGAGGUGAUGCUGAUGAGGCUGGAUCCCAAGACCCAAACGGUGUGCUGCUGGUUUUGAGAACAGUGGACUUAGAAGGGCUGCACAGGUCUCUGAACAGAAGUAGUGACCACAUUGAGAAGAGCCCUCAAUCCCUCUUGCAGGACAUCCUGGCCACUGUGGGGACCUUGGAGGAGAAUGAAGCUGACUGCUAUUAGUCAGUGGCAGUUUCUUGCUCAGAGAGGAAGCCAUUCCAAACCAAUAUCUGGCUGCAGGAGAAGUUACUUGCUACCCAAGAGUAGAAACCAGGCCUUGCAAAAGGGGAAACUGUGAAAGAAAGGCCCAGGAGGAGGACUCUGUCUUGGACUGGUCUGAACAGUGAGGAUGACAACUUGGUUGGCUAUCAAACGGGUUAGACAGUUAUUAGUGGCAUGUUGUCCUUGCUAGCUGUAGCCCAGAAUGCAAGGAAUUUAAAUGAGAGAGUAUUUAAGAGGUACAGCCACGGAACUAUAAUACAAUGUAUUUUAACAAGUCAUUGUUAAAUACAGGGUCUGUAUGAAUUCAGACUCUGUAGUCACUGCCCAAAGCUUUUUUUUUUUAAGUCCAAAAAAGUAUCUGUUUCAUUUUAAUAUACCCUCACGUAAAGCCACAGAAAAGUACCGCUCCCCCCCCCCCAAAGUUUUAAAACUGAUUUAAAGUGCUGGUGUAAACAAGGUAAAAAAAUCUAUACACCCUCUUUUACAGCCUGGUUGGUUAUACUUGCUGAAAGCUGGUUCAAGUAGACUGGUUUUAAAAGGGAUCUAUCCAUUUUUGCUUUGUCUACACUACCACUCUAAAAUCAGAGUUCCUGCUAUAGUGAAGGGCCUAGAGGCAGAGGAGAACAUUUAGGAAAGAGUCACAACAUCGGUGUUUUGAAUGUUUCCUGUAACUGUGGCAGGAGAUCAAUUAAAAAUUACAGUGGCAAAAA